UCAUAAAAUAAAAUGGAUCAUCUUGUAAUCUGUUUAUUUGCCUUUAAAAUUAGGCUGAAAGUAUUUCGGCAUGAGCACAGCAUCUUAUUAGGAAUGUCUUUGUUUAAUGGGGGUCUUUUUACCUAUUCACUGUACAAAGCAUUGACAAAGGGUGCUAUCUCGAGCUGCACCAUUUUGCCAGAUCACAUAUUUUCAGAAGGAGAGAUAUCCCUUGUCCUUGCAUUUUGCUGCUUCACUCUUCUGCUGCUUGAGGGAAAUUAAAUUAAUAGAGGGCGUUGCUCUGUCAUAGCAGUGCACCCAGCAUGCUCACAGUGCACUACUGUUCAUUCAUGUGUCACAAUGAACUUACUGGAAAUAUCAACAUGAUCAAUGACAUAGUGAUCUCACUGAUAUGACCAUGUGUUUAUUUGUUACAAUUGAAUUAAUUGCAAAACCAAUGAUGAUGUGAUCUGACCAUAAGACCAUGUGUUAAUUGAAAAGCACUCAUUCUCUGACUUCGGUGCACAAGUGUAGCUGGCUGGGGAAAUGACAAGCAAUACUCUAUAUCAGGUAAUUUUUUUUAAUAAUACGUUACCUAAUUUCAUAAUUCACUGAUGGCACAGGAACUCAAGAGCAUGAAAAACCCUCGUUGACCAACACAUUUAGCUACCGCAUGUUUAUUCCUUGACUAUUGGUGCAGAGGCUAGCUGUCAUAAACUGGUCAGCUCGUAGUGUACACCAAACCCCCAUAUCAUUGGUCCACACUGAGACAUGAGGUAUAUUCCUUGCUGUCAAAUUUCUGUUAGUCAUCACUGGUUGCGCUUUUGAAACAAAAGACGAAACCCCCAAAUUUUGUUCGGAUUAUCAAGUCCUGAAAAGUUGUAUAAUUAAGAACGUUUGUACCCUUUUCUGUGUGUGGAAGGUAGCUUUGACUCAACAAAUCCUCAACUAACAAAUCUGAGAGUGUAGCAAAAGUAGAUCCCUUUUGUGAGAGAUGUGCUCGUAACCUCAGUUCUGGAGACACUUGGUUUUGUGUACACACUGUUUUUAAAUGAUGAAGGUAUGGUUCAGGUGGUCUAAUUUAUUUAUUUGUCAGGUUCCAUUACAAUUGUGGAUUUAGCCCAAAAAGGAGACAAAGGACCUUUCACUUUUGAAAGAUUGAGUCCCAAGUGAAAAACCGAAGAAUGACUCAUGCAUGACAACUCAAAAACUUUGCAAUGCCAUCUUGCCAAGGUCAGGAGAGCAGUUUCUUUAUCUUCAACUAAAAUAAAUGUGGUUAUAUCAGUACAAUACUGUACCAGCUCUGGGAUUUUGCCCAUUGUGAGUGAUCUUGACCUCCCAUGAACCUGCCCAUCAACCUGUUGAUGAAACAGUCAUUCAUUAGGUAGAUACUGAUGGGAUGGUACAGAUACUGUAGCUUGUGUCAGGAAAAGAUGAUAGAAUCCCGGCUUGAGGUACACAAAGCCCACAAGCACAGUGUCUUCCAUGACAUUCUAGAUCUGACGUACAUACCUGAACAGGAGAAGAUGCGACAGCAAUCAGCAAUAAUAUUGCUAUCAGCAAUAAUGAAGGGUGCACCUGUUUGUUUCUGGCAGACCACGAUUGCCAUCGGUGAACCAACAUGUGGAUAGCUGUGCUGGAUUGUGCUUUAACAGAUCCUGAUGGCAAGAUUUAGAGCUGCACACCUUAGACUGUGUGAUGAGGGUCCCCCAUCUCUUUGUUCCGUUGAUCAUCACCACUGCAAAUUGCUUGUAUCUGAGGGCAAAGCACACUUUUCAGCUUCUGAAUGAGUAUUUAUAGACGACAGGCAGCCUCAUUGAAAUCACCUUGAGGAGAGACAAUGAAUCAAGAAGCCAGUAGCCCUAGGCGUAGGAAGCUAGGAUCUUCCUCGGAGCCACCCGACGAUGACAGAGUCUCAGUCAAAUCUGUUCCAAUGGACAGACUGGCAGAAUUAACUGUGGAAUGCUUUGAUGAAGACGGAAUGCUGAUAGAAGACUCCACUUUCCCCAAAGUGGUCUUCCAGAUGCACAAAUGGUUCACAACAUCGAAAGAGCUUGCGGGCCAGUUCCUCAACCUGUACAAACAGUGCAGUACCUCCCUGUGUGCCACGCCUGUCUGUACGCACAAACCCGAUGUAGCCAACUGUCUGAUGAACAAUUACAAGAAGAGAAUCUGCCAUGCGCUCAGAUACUGGAUUGUUCAUUUCCCUAUGCACUUUGACCUGGACCAGGGUCUGUCUGAUAUCAUGGGCCAGCUACAGAGCAUUAUUCAGGCAGAAGGCAACAGCCACCUCAAGCAUGUGAUAGAUACCUCUAAUGUACCAAGCUAUGACUGGAUGCGGGUCAUCUCAGUGCGGAACCCGUCCAUGCGGACCAAUCGGAAGGUCUCGCUGGUCUUCAACCACCUGGAGCCACGGGAGCUGGCCAACCAUCUCACAUUCCUCGAGUACAAGAUCUUCAGGCGACUCAACUUUGCAGAUCUGAAGAGUUACGCCCUGACAGGCCAACUGAAGGACAACUUGAAGUUGGAACGUUCAAUUGGUCUGUUCAAUGGCCUAUCGCUAUGGAUACAGUGUAUGAUCCUCAGCAGGCACACACCGAAACAAAGAGCGGAGGUCAUCACCAAGUUUGUAGAGGUUGCCAAGAGGUUAAAACGCCUGAACAACUUCAACACCCUGAUGGCGGUGGUGGGGGGACUCAGCCACAGCUCACUAGCCAGACUCAAGCAGACGCUCGCCUACGUCUCAUCGGACACCCAAAAGACGAUAUCGGAAAUGACUGAACUUCUCUCGUCAGCCUGUAACUUCAGUAACUACCGUAAAGCUCUGCAGGAAGCAAGGGGAUUCAAAAUCCCAAUAUUAGGUGUUCAUCUGAAGGACCUGAUUCUGCUGCACACGGCACUUCCCGACCGCGUGGACCCCGACGGCCAGAUCAACCUGCGCAAGAUGGCCCAGCUGGCCGUCAUCUUCGAGGAGCUGAUGCAGCUGCAGAACACCAAGCCCCCGCUGGAAACCAACAUGGAUCUGGUCAACAUGCUGCGGGCUUCACUAGAUUUGCAGUACACUGAAGAUGAGAUCUAUGAGUUGUCGUUAGCACGGGAGCCCAGAAAUUCGACGAGUGCACCAUCCACCCCCACUAAACCAGCAGUGUACGCUGACUGGGCGUCAGGAGUGUGCGUCCACCCUGAUCAGGAAACAAUCACCAAGCAUGUAUCGGCCAUGGUGGAGACGGUGUUCAAGAUUUAUGACACUGACAGGGACGGUUACAUCACCCGGGCAGACUUCCAGGGUAUUGCCACCAACUUUCCUUUCAUGGAGUCAUUCUGUGUGUUGAAUGCUGACAGAGAGGGCCUGAUCAGCAGGAGUGAGAUGUGCUCCUACUUCAUGCGGGCCCACAGUCUGGCCCUCAGCUACAGCUACAAGCACAACUUCAGCGUCCACACCUACCUGACGCCUACCUUCUGCCAGCACUGCACGGGCCUGCUCUGGGGCCUGAUCAAGCAGGGCGUCAAGUGCAAGGUCUGCGGCAUCAACGCCCACAAGCACUGCAAGGACCGGCUGGUCAUCGAGUGCCGCAGCAAGAAGGCCAGUGGCAAUGGGCUGAAUGGCAUCACCUCCACCAUGCAGCGCCGACACACGCUGGACGGGCCAAUCAAUGCCGCAAAGUCAGGCGGCCAGGCCAACGGGGCAGUGGUCAACCGUCGGAAGCAUAGCCAUGACAAGGGACACAGUCAGAGUACUAGCCAGCUGAACAGAGUCUCAAUCUCCAAGGAUGUAGUGUGGGAGGAUCAGCAGCGGCUGAGCCAGUGCCAGAAGCAGAUGAGGCUGGUACAGCAGGCCACCCAAACCGAAGAGGCCAAGGUAGCAGCAGUUGCUGCUGCGGCGGCAGCUUCCGCAGCCAGCAGCCCGGAGACGGCCUCCCAGGACUCGGACAAGGACAGUGAGGACCAUGGCGGCAUCAUCUGCAGCGGCCGACGCCUGAGCGAGCUCAGUGAGGACGACAGCAACAGCAGCAGCUUUGGGGACCAGAACAGUGUGACGGGGAGUGACUCCAGCGUGUUCAAGGGCAGCCCCGCUGCCAAACAUGAGGAGCUAAAGGAUCGGCUGAUGACUGCCGAAAGGGAACGAGAGGUGCUGGUGGCCGAGAAUAGCCGCCUGAAACACGAAGUGACCAGCAUCCGGGAGAAGAACAAGAUGCUGGAGAGCCACCUGGAGCUGAUCAGGCGGCACACUGUCACCUUCAUCCUGGACCAGAUGGACACAUUGCACCUGCAGAAGGACACGCAGGUCUAAACAAAAAAAUAGCACAGCUGCAAGAAAGGUGUGUCUGGGUUCCACUGUGUCAACAAAACUUGUGCACUGGAUUGAGGACACCUGUGUCUAGAUGUUGGCAUUUGAAAUACAGCUGUCAAAAUAUUCAGGUAAACUGGACACACAUCUUAAGGGGGCUACACCAGCUGAAGAACGCACAGGUGUAAAUAUGAAUACACAGCAUUGGUGUUUGCUGUAAGAGAAUCUUAAUACUGUCUGCAAGACACGUGUCACAGGGCAGUACGCUUGCAGUGUCAGUGUUUAGAAUGUGGAAAAAAUAACGUGUCAGCUGUAUUUGGUGCUUGAAAUCCUCGAAGUACGAAAAUGCAAUCAGUACGGAAAUUUGUAGAAGUUUAUGAAUUUGAGGGGGUUGACAGGUGAAUUAAAUAUAUUGAAGUGUUUACCUGAACUGUGUUCUCAUCUGAAAACUGAGCCACGAAUGUUUGGUCACUUUCACAGAAAAUGCGGAACCUUUGAAUCAGUUGCCAUCACUGUCGGUCACACAUUGUGCUCAAAACUUGGUGUUAUUCCAGAUAUGCUUUGUGAGUCAGAUUGGGGGAUACUGCAUGAGAAAAGAAGGGUGAUGUGUCUGUCUGAGGCAUGUGAGCUGGCGUGGCGUACAUAGUGUGGACCUCUGCACAAAAGAAGUCCACAUAAUGUAGGGUAUGAUGGCGUUGUGUGAACUUGUUUUGGGUGUUUUGUAUGAUUUGUUCGAUGUGUGCUUGCGCGAGUAUGAUUGGAAUGAAAAGCAACUCUAUAGUUAUAUUUGAACUGCUGCAUUUGUGGUCUGUCAUGUGACGAUGCCUGUCAUGUGACAUUCUUUGUACUUGUGCAGAGUUACAUGUACAAAGAAUGUACAGCUGUGUGUGAGCAGGCGUGGCAUACAU